AUGCCUCGAAAGGCGCCUCAAUAUGACGACUAUCGAGUCGCGGUACAACAGAUUAUUCUCUCCUCCUCCGAUACUGACUACCUAGACCAACUGAUUCCGGCCCUCAAAGAUGCGACAAAUUCGAAUCGAACAGCAGGGCUUAUGCAGAGCUUGUCCCAGUAUGCCGACGAACGUGAGGCAGACAUCGAACGGGUUGGGCUUACGAAACAUGACGAAUUUCUUAAAUCUGUGAACCAACUGCAGCAAGUUCGCGAAGGGACUGUAAACCUCACGUCCGAUAUCCUGAAGCUUAAUCAGUCCAUUCAAGCAAGCACCGAAAAGUUGGCCGCGCAAAAGGAGGCGUUGGUCGACACUAGAGCCAUUCGCCAGAACAUCGCUGAGGCAUCUGAAGCACUGAAGGAAUCUUUGAAAGUGUUACACGCUGUCAAUCAGGCCCACGAGCUGAUCCGGAAGAAGAAGUAUUAUGGUGCUUUAAAAGCAUUAGACGAUCUCCAGAAUGAGCAUUUGAUUCCAACUAUCCAGAACAAAUAUGCAACCCAGCACAAACUUGCGGAUAUUAUCCAGAAAUCGAUACCCGCAUCACAGAAGGCUAUCUCUGAGGCUGUUAUGGCGGACUUGAAUCUGUGGCUCUACCGGAUCAGAGAAACGUCUCAAUUUCUGGGCGAGGUGGCCUUCUACCACACCGAACUUCGUCGAACCAGGCAGAAAGAGCGCAUGGAAGCAAAUCCGAUUCUACGGAACUUUAAAUUGAAUUCUGCUAUCGAAUUGGUCUUUGACGAGAGCGAGGAAUAUGAUGUUUUAGACAAUGAGGAGCUCCAGGUUGACUUUUCGCCCCUGUUCGAAUGCCUGCAUAUACACGAAGCACUUGGACAGAGCGAUAAGUUCAAAGUAGAAUAUUCUGCCACCAGGAGACAGCAAAAGGAGUUGCUGCUUCCAAACUCUGUCAAUCUCCUGGAAGAUGAUGAGAACAGUUUGAGCAGUCUGUUAGAAGCAAUUGCUGGUUUUGCGAUCAUCGAGAAAGCAACAAUGAGGAGAGCUCAUAAUCUUCGGUCUCCUGUUGAUGUUGAUGAGCUUUGGGAUUCUAUGUGCAACUCAGCAAUUGGCCUCAUCUCCAAAGCCUUAGAUAAGGUAGACAAUGCCGAAAUAUUAUUGAAGAUCAAGGGGGUUAUUGCUCUUUUCAUACAAACCAUGGAUGGCUGGGGUUACUCGGUGUCCACUCUUGACAGCUUCUUACUCAAGCUGUUUGAGAAGUACGCAGAGCUUCUCAAAAGGAGAUUCAGUGACGAUUUUCAAGAGAUUGUGUCUACCGAUGACUACAUGCCUAUGCCCAUCAGCAAUACCGACGAAUACAACAAGGUUGUCAACGUCAGUUGGUUUACGCCGGAUAAAACGAUAGAAGAGCUAACAUUUCCUUGCGUCUUGCCGUUCUCCCAAAUGUAUCCACUCUGUUGCAUCGACAUUCGGAACUUCCUCAAUCAAUUUUACUUCUUUUCGGACGAUCAUUUCCAACACCCCAAUGUUAUCGAUGAGACACUCAAGAAGUCUCUGGACCAGCUUCUUUCUGAAAAAGUCUGCAAUUCCUUGGUGGAGAGGUUGAGCUCUCAAUACCUAGGGCAGAUCGUACAGAUUCUUAUCAACCUCGAACACUUUGAGACAGCCUGCAAAGAAUUGGAGAAAUUACUUGUUGAUGCACGGUCUCCUACAUCGGCAGGAGGACCAAUCGUUCUCGACGCCACGGAAGAAUUUAGAAGUAACAAAAAAACUGCCGAGAAGCGUAUAUUCGAGCUCGUCAACUCCAAGAUUGAUGAUUUGGUAGAGACGGCUGAGUAUGAUUGGAUGGCGCCGACGCUGGAGACUGAGCCAAGCAAUUACAUGCAGACUCUGACCCGCUACCUCUCAAACAUCAUGAACUCAACACUUCUUGGACUUCCAAGAGAAAUCAAAGAAUUGAUCUACUUCGACGCACUCUCUCACGCUGCGAAUAUGAUUCUGGCACUUCCACUAUCUCCCGAAGUCAAGAAGAUUAACCCCAACGGCGUCGCAGCCCUCGCGAAAGACGUUGCUUACCUUGCCGAUUUCGUCGAUAGUCUCGAAAAUGCGCUCAUUUUGAAGGAGAACUUGGAUGAGUUACAACAGACUAUAUAUCUUAUGCAGACAGAGAACCCUGACGAAUUCUAUGACGUCUCAAGCAGAAACAAGAAGUUCGGCCGAGUGGAUGCUGUCAACGGCCCCAGGAUUCUUGAGAAGUAUGAGAUUUACCUGCAGAUUCUGGAUCCCCUCGCUGACUUCAUAUAUAGACUUACUCACUCGGUGCAAAGCCCUACUAGGACUGAUCGCCUGGCCAAUUUUUCAUCCCGAUUCGGAAUGGGGUAA